AGCCGUUCGGUCCUCCACUGAGCGCAGUCUGCUGUCGGUCUCUACGGACGCGCCUCUGUCUGGAUACCGCAGCCUGUUCUUUUAUCAUAUCCUGGGAUUAUAUUUUCCUCUGAUGGUUUUCAACUUCAACUCGAUGCUUAGAAAUGGGUAAACUGCACUCGAAACAUGCCGCUAUUUGUAAACCGAGGGAGAGUCCAGAAGGUGACAGUUUUGUAGUCAAUGCCUGUUUGGCCAGGAAAGGAAUCGACGACUGGCUCGUGAAGCAGAAGUACUACUGCACGAGCUCUCGCCUCGAGCAACAGGACUGUCACCACAAGAAUAACUGCGGUUUGACUGCACGGGACUCUAUGGAUGAAGCAUGUGCUGAGAGGAUCAGCGGUGAACACUACCGUUUAGAAGUGGCUUUACCCCCGGAGAAGACAGACAGCUGCUGUGUGGAGGAGAAGAUGCAGGAGAGGGACAGCCAAUCCCCCGCAGGGCCACAGAAACAGCUCCAGUUUGAAGAGCUGGAGUGUGCUGUAUCUGUGGAGGAAGAUAACAGGCAGGAGUGGACCUUCACCCUCUACGACUUCGACAACAAUGGCAAAGUUACCAGAGAGGAUAUCACCAGCCUGCUCCACACCAUCUACGAAGUCGUGGAUGCAUCCGUCAACCAUUCUCCCAGCAGCAGCAAAACGCUGAGGGUCAAACUGUCUGUGGCUCCUGACUCCAGCCAGCGAUGGAGGAGUUGUACGCAGGGAGCAGCAGACAUGUCCCACCCCAGAGAGAAAAAUGACAAGUGCAUAGAAGACCCCAAGAGUGCAGACAAAAAGAGUCGAGCUCUCCUAAGGCGCCACCACAGUGACCACCACACCCAGCCGGGCUGCCAGCGCCACUGUGUGGAUGAGAACCUGGAACGCAGGAACCACUACUUGGACCUGGCAGGCAUCGAGAACUACACAUCCCGCUUCGGAGCUGCCCCCACUGCAGAAACAACAAAGGCUGAACCUCAGACCCGCUCAUCCAACCAGACUCGCUCCCGCUCCCACGAACCAGAAAAUGGCCACUCCCAUUCCCACCACCGCCGCUUGCAGACUGUUGUGGACGCCGUUGUUCCUGACGGCCUUCAUCUCACCCGGCUUCGAGGACAAGACUCAGGGAAACACGGCAUUCGCUCUCCGAAGACCCACAGCCGCACGCCUCCUGCACAGAUCAGCGGCAAGGUGAUGAGAAGCCGAGGCGCCCCCCCUCCCCCGGCGCUCCCCAGCCAAACCCCCCCUCACCAGUCAGCAGCCCCCUACCGCAAGCACAAGCAGCGGUCUAAGGAGAGCCAGGGGUACCGGCCUUUGGGCCCUUUGGCGGCUUCAGGACCGGUGGUGGAGAAGGAGCAGGUGAGGGACCUGCCCAGCGUGUUGCUCUAUGAGGGGGGGCUGGCACAAGUGGUGCAGCGGCACGAGCAUCACCACCACCAUGAACACCAUCACCACUAUCACCACUUCUACCAGUCUUGAAUUUCCACACUGUUGGGCUCAGCUCAACACUCCUACCGCCCCACUAAGUCCACUCAGCCUGGCAGACACAGACUGCUUCCACAGUGAGCCUCCUCCCUUGAACACUGGAGACACUGGAGGGACUUUAGUGGACACAGGAAAUGGGGAGGACAGAGGGAUCAUGGGAGACAUUAAGCAGUGUUAUAUGGAAGUGGUUCAGAUGUAACAAAGUAGGACAGCGAUUCGCGGCGUGGCAAGGACUGAGGAUCACAGCUGGAGUUACAGUGGAGGUCUGGAGGAACACAUUGAAUGAGUAACCUAAAUGUUCCUAUGUCCUCCACCUCGGUUUUCCCCUUCCUGUUUAACUGUGUGGCUCCAAACCAGCACCACAACACUUCCAGACCACUAAGCCAAAAGGUUUUUAGGAGAAGGAGGGACAAUAAGAAGAAAGACUGUGAUGUAAAAAUGAAAAUAUAUGAAGGAUUAUAGGUAAUAGGAGAGCAGGGCAUAGUGUGUAUGUGUGUCUUUAUGUGUCUGUUUGUGUGACAGAGAAAGACUGUGUGAACAUAAGAGCAUAGCAAGACAGUGUGUGUGUGUGUGUGUGUGUGUGUGUGUGUAUGUUAUGUGAGUGUGUGUGUUAUGUGAGUGUCACAACACUGGUGUCUGUUGAAAACCACUUGAAGUGCGCUCAUGGGUGCGUGAGUAUUUAAAGUAGGGUGUCAGGCAGGUUUUUGAAGAUGAAAAUGAAGAUUCUGAUUUAAGCAUGCAAUACCCCCAUAAGCAAAAAUGAGAAGGAACACGUUGAAAUGUUAAAGUAAAAAGAACAGAGAUCCCAAAUCCGCUGCUACCUCUAAUUUUAUCCUAAUUAUUGUUGUAAUGGUGACUUUGACAAAGCCUUUAGAGGUUAUUUUGAAAUGACUUCAAAACUUUUUGAAAGAAGAGUAAACAUGUCACAAUUUGCAGUACUUAAGUGUGAAAAAGCUCCUUACUUUUAUUAACUAACAAUUAUUGUAUAUAAGGUAUAUAUUGUUAUCAAUUUUAUAAGCUUUAUUGAUAAUGUGAUAUCUUUGUAUUCACUAUCUAAAGCUUUUGUGUUUGCUCUCCAUGACUACAUUUUGUAAGACCACUAGGAUCCUCAUUUUGAUCUGAGUAAAUCAAACUGUUUUAGCAUCACAUACACUUUAUCUUUCCCUGUGUCAAUCAAGCUCUCUCGUUUUCUGUUUCAACUCUCUGACCAUGUGUUUAGUUUUAUCUUGUAAUUUAAUUCCCAACUCUCAACAGUGCAGUUCAGUAGUGUACGUUACAGACCACUAGAUAGACAAACUACAUGACUUUAAAGAAGAAUACAUAUGAAAGCAUGUUAGUCUUAAUUUUAGUUCAUUGUAAGCUCUAGUUUCUUGCCAUCAUCGUGUAGACUGUUAAGAACUUGUUUCUGCUAGUACACAAGACUCUUUAAUACAUACAUUUUUGUUCUUUUUUUUUUUUUAAAUCUCUGAGACCACUCUCUGUUUGUGACAAAACAUCUUUUAUUCAGCUCCUCAAAGUGUCACCAGUUGAAUCGCAUUCAGUCUCAUGAUACCCAAAUUGAAACUAAUGGUGUGAUUGUACAUCAGAGCUGCAGGCCCUUUGGCAUGUGUUCAUUAAUUAAACUCCACACAUUUUUAAAGCACGACAUCCAGCCACUUACAGGGGUGUGUUUUCAUUCAACAGCAUAGACCGUGGUCUUUAAGAAGAUGUUAUAUUUAUUCAUGCAGGGAAAUGUUUUGCUGAGGUGUAGAAGUUUUUUUAGCACAUAUUCCCAGGUAGCUGCCGUGGUUUUCUUUUUCUAGUUUUAAGGUUUCCUGUAUUGGCCGGUUCUGUCGUCUGGUUCUCAGCCUGACCAGGUCACGUUGCUGCUCCCUCUGUUUCCGUGGUGUCUUCCUGUCCCCCAGCUGUCAGCAGGUCUUUCACUGUGCCGCCAUGAGGCUUCAGUGCUUCGCCAAAAAGGAUCUGUUUGCGGUGUGGCAAGGCGAGGGCUUCUUUCAGCUGUCUCAUUCCUCUGGUGCAGGAUGACUCUGGGCCUGGUCUGAAGUCUUCACUAGACCCAUAACUCUCUCAUGUCCUCUCCUGACAAGGUCCCGGCUCACAGGACUGUCCUGAUGCUGUAGAGGUGUGUCAUUCCCUCACAGAUGUUCAGCUCUGAUUGAACUAAAGAUAUCUGGGUGUUUCUAGUGCCCCAUUCUGUGCUGUGAUCACACUCAUGUUCAAAUAUCAAAAAAAUACUCCUAUGAAGAGUGUGACUUGUAACAUAUAAACAGUAUAAAUAGUACUUUCUAUCAUCACAUAUGUAUGCCGUACAGCUAUAUCCUCCUGACAGCCAGGAAAGUUAAAAUUUUGGCGUUUUUACAUUUAAUUGUCUUGAUUAGAAACACCAUAAUUCAACAGUUUUACAGAUACAUUUUGUAUGGGAUGUCCUUUGCAGUAGACAAGGUUUUUUUUUUUCCAAACUUAAAGCAUUGGUCUCAUCAGUGCCACUGAGGAUACGCUCCAAGAUUAGAGCUGAUGCCUUCGUGAGCCCAUGUAGACAUCUUUUUAAUACUUCAGAACAUCAUAUUUUUUCUCUAUUCGCGUAUUAUUCCAGUCUUGGGAGCAGAAGAAGAUAAGAUACAAGUGCCUUACUCAAACUCACUCAUACUCACUCAGAUGAUGGGUGUUAACAUGUGGAUUGUCCAAAGUAGAUUAUCAUUUACAGGCCGAUUGUGGAAACUAUGUGAGAUUGAGUUAGUGUGUUUUGGAUGAGCAGGAAUGCUGUGUAUGCCAGUCUUGCCCCAGGCCCUGAGGCGUCCUCUCACAGUUGCAGACUGUCGUUUAACAGAGGCACCAGUCAGGCGGGUCAUCUCUCUGGACCUGGUGGGACGGCGUCAUUACCCAAGGGGGACCACAGCUGCAGCCCAUACCUCAGCUUCCUCACCUCCCACUGCUUUCCCUACCAGACCCCUCAUAACACUGUAACUCUUUUGUCAAUGGUUUGACCUCACCCAAAAUAGUGACAGCCAGCAUGACUCUCCAAAUGUAAGUGGCGAGGAAAUGGCAUCUAGUUGAGAGCAGGCGACUGUUUGUCCGGCAUGGUGGUCUAAUUUGACACAGUGAGCGUAUAUUUCUGAAAGAAUUUGGCUUGAAAUUUUCAACACUCCUCUUACCCAGACAGUUUUUCUGAACACCACACCUGCUUAGUAUUCACUGAAUUAUGUGAGCUGUCCACUACAACCAUAUUGCGACACGUCAGGGUGCUACACUUUGCCCGAGGGCGUCUCAGCAGCAUUUGUUGAGGGUUGGGAAACAGUUUUUUUCUCGGUUUAGUCACAGACAUUCAUAGAUUCUCUGGGGAGUACACUGUUGUGAAAUCACUCAUUCUCAAAAACUCUAACAUUUAGGCUUUUUGUCACUGUCCCUGUUGUCUCUUCUUUAAUACAUUUUAAAGGAAAAAAAUCAUACUAAAAUGUUUUUAUUUUGUUUGCAGUCAAAUCAGCUAUAUCCCUGUAAGUGUACCAGAAUGUGUUAUUUAAUUUUUUCUUUAUUUUGUCCAGAAGUUUAUUACAUGAGAGUGUAACUUUUUAUUUCAAAUUAUAAAUGCCUUUCUUUAAACAUUAUGUCAUUUAAACAUCAGUAGAUGUUCGGCCUUCUGUCAUUUUUGUAUAGGUUUCUCAGUAUUCAGAGUCACUUCUCUGUGUUCAUAUGUAUUGCACCACUAAUUUCCUUUGUAAGAUCCAUGUAGCAGCAAAUUCUGAUGUAUAUAGUGGACUGCAGAGGGUUUAACCAACAUUAUGUAGAAAGAAUUUAAGGCCUAUUUAUGAUUAAAUGACUCUCAAGCUAUCACACUUGCCUACUGUCAGCUAGUUCUCCAAUAUUCACCAGAUCAAUCCCACUUACAGUGGAGAAAUAAUUACAGUAUGUCUCUAACAAGCUGUUCUUCCCUCUGCACACACAGACACACUUUCACUUGGUGUUUGUUGUAAAAGAAAGUUGUUUAGCACUAGCUGUUUUCCCCUUAUCUGCCUCCCUUCUAAUGCUUUUUCAGGACUCUGUUUAGUUUAUAUAGAUUGUAUUUGAUUAAUUGCUUUAUUUAUUUGAUAGCAGAUCUGUGCCAAGGGAAAUGCCCUUUUAUUAAAGGAUGAACUUGUUCCUUAUUAA